AUGGCUGAGGCCGGUAUUUCAGUAGAUCAGGAUCAGUUCAUCUGUCCAGUGUGUCUGGAUCUCCUGAAGGAUCCGGUGGCUAUCCCCUGUGGUCACAGUUUCUGUAAGGUGUGUAUUAAUGGCUGCUGGGAUCAGGAGGAUCAGAAGGGCGUCUACAGCUGUCCUCAGUGCAGAGACACUUUCACUCCAAGGCCUGUUCUACGCAGAAACAACAUGCUGGCUGAAGUGGUGGAGAAACUGAAGAAGACUGAAGUCCAAGCUGCUUCUCCUGCUCACUGUUACGCUGGACCUGGAGAUGUGGAGUGUGAUUUCUGCACCGGGAGAAAACACAAAGCCGUCAAGUCCUGUCUGAUAUGUCUGGCCUCCUUUUGUGAAACUCACCUGAAACCUCAUUAUGAAGUUCCUGCAUUAAAAAAGCACAAGUUAAUCGAAGCUUCUGGAAAUCUACAAGAGAAGAUCUGCUCUGAACAUGAUAAAAUGCUGGAGAUCUACUGUCAUACUGAUCAAAGAUGUAUUUGCUCUUUGCAGCAGGAAGAGCAGAGAAACAGACUCUAUUCACAGACUCAGUGUCAGGCUUUGAUGUGUCGCUCACGGAUGAUGCAGACAUCUGUUCCUCUAUCCGUUCACAGAGAGUAG